AUAUUGAGAAUCUUAUCAAAUCAAAUUCACUUCAUGGUUUUGGGCAAUUAGUUAAAAUAAAAUCUAAAAAACAUGUAGAUGAACUCUUACAAGAUCAUUCUUAUAUAUUUACAUGUACAAAUUCUCUUACCACAUUUGCA